UAUCGUAUAAAUACAGCUCUUCUAGUCAAAGGAACCAUUCACUUUUGCAAUCGUUAACAAUCGUUGUUCCCUGAGCAUCUUGAUCCAUCCAUCAGUGAAAAUGGCCAAAGUCCUGAUCGUUGUACUGGCUGUGAUGUGCGCCAUACAAAUGGGCCACGCUUUGAAGUGCAGUCGGCACGUCUGCAGCAAGUUACCUCGCCCAUACCCAGCCCAGCCAUGCAAAUCCGAAGUGGCCGAAUGCCCAUUCUUUGCCUACGGCUGUACUCGGAUUACGGUGUCCUUCAAGAUGUACGGGACGCGCGUCGACCAAGAUAUCGGCGACUGCGCCUAUUCUCACCAAUGCACCUCAGAGUACGAGAAAAAGUUCUGUGACUCAGUUCAUGCGCAGAGUAAUCUGAGUGACAUAAAAUGUAACGUAAAGUGUUGCCAGGGAGACCUUUGUAAUAACGCAAUGUAGAUCUUGUAACGCACGUAACGUGUGACACAUGUAAGCUUGAACUUCUCUGUAACCAUCAAAGAGUUAAUAAACGCUUAUCUAGCUAUCA